AUGUCGGAGAGCGGUCCCCUCGGGUGGCGUUCGCCUCACCCGCCGUCGCCCGUCGCCUCCUCCCGCGACUCCAACAGCGUGGCCGCCUGCGGCCGCACCCACUCCGUCGUCUCCGAGUGCACCAACACCGAGGACGAGGAGGGAAGCGACGCCAUAAUGUGCGGCGGCGACGACGACGACGACGACCCGAGCGGCCGGAGGCUCCUCAGGCACCAGUACCGCGAGCUCAUCAGCACCGUACAGCAGAAUCGUGAGGACAUGAUCAGACCUAGUAAUAACAAAUUAACAGAAGCACUGAAGGAAGGAGAUAAACUGUUCUCCAAUGUCCGACAGACACGAGAAGCAGUGCUGGAUGCCCAGUUUCUUGUCCUUGCCACAAACCUAGGACUAGAAAAGGCUAAUCAGCUACACACAGACAUGAUAGUGUUUGAUCCAUCAGUCUUUGCAGAACAGCUGUUGACAUUCAUGGGUCUGAACCGCUUGGAGGCUGGAGAGAGUGAUGAGGAUGAGGCUGCUGGAUGGCUUCCUAAAGAUGCCUGGACUAAACUUGGAAAAGAAACUGAAAAAUAUUUUAAAAGAGCUCCAACCUUUCAUUACAUGCUGGGAUCUUUCAAAGCUGAACCUCCAGCUCCACGACAGAAAAUUGUGAGGCAGAAAAGGGUCCCAAAUCAGGAGGAACGCAGAAUAAUGCCCACACAGCUAAAGAAAAUGGAUGAGUGUCACCAAGAAGCCACUGAAAAAGAAGUGGAGAGGAUCUUGGGGCUUUUGCAACAGUACUUCAGAGCUGAACCUGAAACUCCCAUCAAUUUUUUUGAUUUUGUGAUUGAUCCACAAUCCUUUCCACGGUCUGUGGAGAACAUAUUCCACGUAUCCUUCAUUGUCAGGGAUGGUUUUGCUGCACUUAAACUUGACCAGGACAAACUCCCAAUCAUUGAGCCUGUAAGUGAAAGUAUGGACAACGACGGACCACAGCAGCAAAGGCAACAGAUGGUUAUUUCCCUGAGUCCACAGGAGUGGAGGGAUAUAAUUGAUACAUUUGAAAUAACAGAAGCCAUGAUACCAGGAAUACAGCAUAAGGAGUAACAAACCACCUUGAUAUGUGCCUUAUAAGAAAUUUAAACCGGAAG